GGUAGGUGUUUUUUCAACAUAGAUUAGCCUAGCACAUAGCAUACCUCAGUACAGGAAAGGAGGAAGUUGACUGAGGUUGUGACAGAGGUUUGCUCAACUGUUAUUGGAGCACAGAGCAAAAAGGGGCGGGACUUAGGAAUGUUCAAUUAAACCAAUAGGAUCUUAUUGCUUAUGGCCAGUAAAUAAAUUGUAUAUUGAAAUAUUACAGCUGAUGAUGAAAUGUGAUUAAAUGUAUGCAGAUUAUUUUAUGGAAAUAAUUUCUUAUUAGACAGUCGAUGACAUUGAAGUUUCAAAUGCCUCUUGUGAAGCAAGCGGACCUACAAGAAUUUCAUUGUAAGGAAGCAAUCUACCACAGUAUGAGUCGUUAAUGAGCGAGUCAUUUUUUACCUCCGAACAAAACUCCACAGAAAGUUAAACAUCCCUUAUGACUAAUUUGCUCGCUGUUGCUUUUUUGCACAUCCAGCAUGGAAAAGCAUUUAUUUGAUGUCCACCUGGUCUCCACCAACUCAUCUGCUCCUCUUUGUCUCAUCAGUUAGUCUCUACCUGUGUCUCUGUGCUGUUUGGGGCAGGGCAGGCAGUGUACAGAGGAUCUAAACCAAAACUGUAAAACAAUGAGCUGAAAGACCCUCAAAAACAGCCAAUUUGUUGAUUUCUCUCUGUUUCCAGUGACACCUUUCACAUCACACAUAAUCAUAUUUGCUAAGUGAUGUUCUCAAAUAUAUAUUCAGUGCAAUCUAGUAAAUCACAUUUGUUUCUUUGGGUUACAAGAAAUUGUGAAUAAGUCAGUUCAUCUUAAAGUGUUGUGGAAUCACACAAAGAAACAGUUCUUUAUUUUAUUUUACACUACAGUCCACACACACACACACACUUCUUACGGAGCUCUAGGGUUUAUUAUUUUCCAGAUAGCGAUAUAGCAAGUAAACAAACUACAUAACCGAAGUAAUCAUAGCCAAUAACACUGAUCUGUACAUUAGAAUGUGUCUAAGACGAAUAUUAAACCAUCAACAACAGAAAUAAUGCUGCUAAAAGUGACAAUGUCAAACAAUGUAACGUUAGCUCUCUGACUGAAUACUGAACGCUUGUGAAACCGUUGGACAUUAGUAACGUUAGUUCAUUCAUGAAUAUCAGUGACAGGUGAUACAGCUGCCGGACGUCACACGUACCUGACGUCACUUACUGACGCUGAGGUGGAGGGAGUUGUCAUUUGACAGUCCUCGCGCCUCUCCCCUCACCUGCUCGCUGGGCGGAGCUAACGUUAGCGGGAGGGGAACGAGGACAGACGUCAGCAUAGUGGCAAACAGCCGCGGUUUGAGAUAAAGUGUUCGGACAUUGAAAUAUGUAUAUAACGUUAUAGAGAGAGAGAGCUGUAGCACUACACAGUAUGAGAGCAAAACAGUUUAAUAUUUCUCAGAACGGAACCGGAUGUUAGCAAACCCUGGUAGCUUUAAAAGCUCUUUGCUAUCAUCAGUGUGUCUGUCCGGGUGCGCCUGAAGCGUACACAGACGAAGAUAACUAUAUUUAACAGAAACAAAGAGUCUGCGCUUCAACAAAAAAACAACACUACUUUAUAUCAAAACAAACUGAAAAAGAUUUGCCCCAUUGAAUACAACCCGGUAACAGACCGGAAGUUUGAUGUAACGGAUGCGAUGGAGAUAGGAACGGAAGCCGGGAGGCGAAGUGCCAGAAGAAAAAUCUAGAGUGAAUUUGCCAGUGUGGACAGAGCAGAAACAGACGGGUUGUGCGAAUAAAACGGCGGGUUAUUUAGUCGACAUAUGACAAUGGCGGGGCAACCUCACCUUGUACUUUAACGACGAAAAUAAGUAGCGUGCUUUGGCGGAGCAACUCUUCAUGGUCCCGGCUCUCAUGUAAACAUAGCGCGCUCCAGGAAUUAUUCGGUUUCGUGUUUGAUUAAAGACGCUGCUUCCGUUCCGCUGGACGGCUGCUGGGAACAUUACAAGUCAAGUUUCACCUGUUUUCAUGAGCGAUGUAUCCCGCAGUUAAAGACAUGGAUGCGGUGCACAGUGGCACCGGUGUCUUCUACCAGGCAAUGCCUGCUGUUGGAGCCGAUGGAAAGAACAUCAUGAAACUGAUUCCUGUACAAAUGGUCAAUGGACAGUAUUUCCAAACUCAAAUAAGCAAACCCAGAAUGGAUCCUGCGCCACAGAAAGCUGCAACCAUAAAUAUAGCCUCAGCACCUGUGCACAUAGUAAAAACGGCAGCAUUAAAUCCUUUUUCCUCUCAGCAGGUUUUCACAAAACCGGUUUCCUUUGUGAAUGCCUCGUCUAAUUACAUAGAUUUGGAUCCUCGUAAUUCACUAAACAAGCAUCCACCACAGCAACAGGCUGUGAAAGUAAUGGCCAAAUUACCUCCAAUGGCAACACCUGCAACAAACUGUGAGAAGUCAGUGAGACUUCCAAGCCAGUUCCCAGUGACGGUGAAAUCUCCAGCACUCCCCAUAGGACAGUACCUCCAGAUUCCCCCCAAUGCACAAGUCCGAACAGUCCCAGCAUCGGAACUCCCUCAGGUUAUCAAGAAACAGAUUUUUACUUCACCAGUCAGCUCCUCUCCAGGUUCAGGCUUGCCCAAUGUGGUUUACGUGUCACCUAUCACUACAGUGAAUCAAGGCGUUACUCCACCAAGUGAUUCUGCACCUCACCUACUGAAGCUGCUUUCCAGGACAUCGAGUAAAACAUCACGUGGACCCCCAUCGAAAGGAUCAAAACCACAUUUAAAACUGAUACCAAAGUUUUCACAGAGGCCCAACAGCCCCAUAAAGUGGAUGAUUGAAGAAGAGGACACUCCCACUCUUGAUCCUCUCAGUUCUCCUUCUGUCACUUCAGAGAUUCUUUGGGCUGUUGCAGAGAGAGAAAAUGCCAGCAAGCACUGUGACGUUAUUACAAAACAAGUAUCUCAGUCGUGUCUGGGAGAAAGUGGACAAGGGCAGGAAAACGCCUUGGUCAUGUGCAACGGGAAAGUGUUUUUUGUCUCGAAAAAACGCAACCUGACACUUGAAAUGGGAGAAAGCGACCCACCAACACUAUCACCAAAAUGUUAUGAAUUCAACAAAACCAUUGUAUCUUCAUCCCAACAAUCACUUGAGCCGGUGGCACCUGAAAUAAGGCAGGACCUCAAGAUUAUCAUUCCAGACGAGUCAGAGGAAGUGAUUGACCUUUGUGAUGAUGAUGCUCAGGAUGACCCGUCUCAACAAGCAACAUCAGUUAAUACGACAGCUCAGGUAGAUGAAGACAAUGUCAUAUUUGUGUCUUAUAUUCCGCCCAAAUCUGAGUCAGAACGGCCAGCUGAUCUCAGCAGUGGAAUAUGA